AUGUCUUUGCCCCCGUAUUUACUGGGGCCUAAUCCCUGGGCCACGAUGAUGGCCCAACAACAUUUAGCGGCGGCCCAUGCUCAAGCACAAGCAGCUGCUGCUCAGGCCCAUGCACAUGCUUUGCAACAGCAAAUGCCGCCUCCCCACCCCAAGUCAGAUGUUAUUACUGAAGACAAGUUACAGGAAAAAGCUCAAAAAUGGCAUCAAUUGCAGUCUAAAAGAUUUGCAGACAAGCGAAAGUUAGGGUUUGUAGAGGCUCAAAAAGAAGACAUGCCUCCUGAACAUAUCAGAAAAAUCAUCAGAGAUCAUGGUGAUAUGAGCAGUCGGAAGUAUAGACAUGAUAAACGUGUUUAUUUAGGAGCAUUGAAGUAUAUGCCUCAUGCAGUGAUGAAGCUUCUUGAAAAUAUGCCAAUGCCAUGGGAGCAGAUAAGGGAUGUUAAAGUAUUGUACCAUAUUACUGGAGCCAUCACAUUUGUCAAUGAAAUUCCAUGGGUUAUGGAACCAGUGUAUAUUGCACAGUGGGGAACCAUGUGGAUCAUGAUGCGGCGAGAAAAAAGAGACCGUAGACACUUCAAGAGGAUGCGAUUCCCCCCGUUCGACGACGAGGAACCCCCCCUCGACUAUGCGGACAACGUGCUGGACGUGGAACCUCUGGAGGCCAUCCAGAUCGAGCUGGACGCCGACGAGGAUUCCGCCAUCGCGAAAUGGUUCUACGACCACAAGCCGCUGGUCGGGUCCAAAUACGUGAACGGAUCCACUUACAGGAAGUGGAAUCUGUCCUUGCCCAUGAUGGCGACGUUGUAUCGGCUGGCCAAUCAGCUGCUGACUGACUUGGUGGACGAGAAUUAUUUUUAUCUGUUCGAUACUAAGAGUUUCUUCACCGCUAAGGCGUUGAAUAUGGCGAUUCCGGGAGGGCCGAAGUUUGAACCUUUGAUCAAAGAUAUGAAUCCAGCAGAUGAAGAUUGGAAUGAAUUCAAUGAUAUCAAUAAGAUCAUCAUAAGACAACCUAUUCGUACAGAAUAUAGGAUUGCUUUUCCAUAUCUAUACAAUAACAUGCCUCAUUUUGUUCAUCUUUCUUGGUAUCAUGCACCUAACGUUGUUUAUAUCAAAACUGAAGAUCCUGAUUUGCCGGCAUUCUAUUUCGAUCCCUUGAUCAACCCCAUUUCCCACCGUCAUGCUGUCAAAAGUUUGGAGCCUUUACCAGACGACGAUGAAGAAUUCAUUCUGCCUGAAUCAGUGCAUCCAUUUCUUCAAGAAACUCCAUUGUAUACUGAUAAUACCGCUAAUGGUAUUGCAUUGCUCUGGGCACCUAGACCAUUCAACAUGAGAUCAGGGCGAUGCAGAAGAGCCAUUGACGUGCCACUUGUCAAAUCCUGGUACAUGGAGCAUUCUCCUCCCGGUCAGCCCGUCAAAGUGCGAGUCAGUUACCAAAAACUGCUCAAAUACUAUGUGCUGAACGCUCUCAAACACCGACCUCCGAAGGCCCAGAAGAAAAGGUACCUCUUUAGGUCCUUCAAGUCCACCAAGUUCUUUCAAACCACCACGUUGGAUUGGGUGGAAGCGGGUCUGCAGGUUUGCAGGCAAGGCUACAACAUGUUGAAUUUGCUCAUCCACAGAAAGAAUUUGAACUAUCUACAUUUGGAUUAUAAUUUCAAUCUGAAACCUGUGAAAACUCUUACUACUAAGGAAAGAAAGAAGUCUCGUUUUGGAAAUGCUUUCCACUUGUGCAGAGAAAUACUGAGAUUGACGAAAUUGAUUAUUGAUUCCCAUGUACAAUAUAGAUUGAACAAUGUUGAUGCUUUCCAACUAGCUGAUGGAUUACAGUAUAUUUUCGCCCAUGUCGGACAAUUGACGGGAAUGUACCGAUACAAAUAUAAACUUAUGAGACAAAUUAGAAUGUGCAAGGAUUUGAAACAUUUGAUUUACUACAGAUUCAAUACGGGCCCGGUCGGCAAGGGCCCGGGCUGCGGCAUCUGGGCGCCUGGCUGGCGCGUGUGGCUCUUCUUCAUGCGCGGCAUCACGCCUUUGCUCGAACGCUGGCUGGGCAACCUCCUGUCCCGUCAGUUCGAGGGGCGGCACUCGAAGGGCGUGGCCAAAACGGUGACCAAGCAGCGCGUCGAAUCGCACUUCGACUUGGAAUUGCGGGCGUCGGUGAUGCACGACAUCGUCGACAUGAUGCCCGAGGGCAUCAAGCAGAACAAGGCGCGCACGAUCCUGCAGCACCUGUCUGAGGCGUGGCGAUGCUGGAAGGCGAAUAUUCCGUGGAAGGUGCCCGGGUUGCCGAUUCCCAUCGAGAAUAUGAUACUCAGAUACGUCAAGAUGAAGGCCGAUUGGUGGACGAACACGGCCCACUACAACCGCGAGCGAAUCCGCAGAGGCGCCACCGUCGACAAAACGGUCUGCAAGAAGAACCUCGGCCGCCUCACCCGGUUGUACCUGAAGGCCGAGCAGGAGCGGCAGCACAACUACCUCAAGGACGGGCCGUACAUCUCGCCCGAGGAGGCGGUGGCCAUCUACACGACCACCGUGCAUUGGCUGGAGUCGCGGCGGUUCGCGCCCAUUCCGUUUCCGCCUUUGUCGUACAAGCACGACACGAAGUUGCUCAUCCUGGCGCUGGAGCGCCUCAAGGAAGCGUACAGCGUCAAGUCGCGCCUGAACCAGAGCCAGCGAGAAGAGCUCGGCCUCAUCGAGCAGGCGUACGACAAUCCGCACGAGGCGCUGUCGCGCAUCAAGCGUCACCUGUUGACGCAGCGCGCUUUCAAGGAGGUCGGCAUCGAGUUCAUGGACCUCUACAGCCACUUGAUCCCGGUGUACGACGUGGAGCCGCUGGAGAAGAUCACCGACGCCUACUUGGACCAGUAUCUGUGGUACGAGGCGGACAAAAGGCGGUUGUUCCCGCCGUGGAUCAAGCCGGCGGACACGGAGCCGCCGCCGCUGUUGGUGUACAAGUGGUGUCAGGGAGUCAACAAUUUGCAGGACGUGUGGGAGGUGAACGAAGGCGAAUGCAACGUCCUGCUCGAGUCGAAAUUCGAGAAACUCUACGAGAAAAUUGAUUUAACCCUGCUGAACCGACUGCUGCGUCUGAUCGUCGACCAUAACAUCGCCGAUUACAUGACGGCCAAGAACAACGUCGUCAUCAACUACAAGGACAUGAACCACACGAACAGCUACGGCAUCAUCAGGGGCCUGCAGUUCGCUUCCUUCGUCACGCAGUACUACGGGCUGGUGCUGGACUUGCUGGUGUUGGGCCUGCAAAGGGCCAGCGAGAUGGCGGGGCCGCCGCAGAUGCCCAACGACUUUUUGACGUUCCAGGACGUGCAGACGGAGGCUUGUCAUCCGAUCCGGUUGUAUUGCAGAUACGUGGACCGGAUACAUAUGUUCUUCAGAUUUUCGGCAGAGGAGGCCAAAGACCUCAUUCAGAGAUAUCUGACAGAGCAUCCAGAUCCAAACAAUGAGAACAUCGUGGGCUAUAACAACAAGAAAUGUUGGCCAAGAGACGCUCGAAUGCGUCUCAUGAAACACGACGUCAACUUGGGACGAGCUGUCUUCUGGGACAUCAAAAACCGACUGCCGAGGUCGACUACGACCAUCCAAUGGGAGAACAGUUUCGUCAGCGUUUACUCCAAGGAUAACCCGAAUCUUCUCUUCAACAUGUCCGGAUUCGAAUGCAGAAUCUUGCCGAAAUGCCGAACGCAGCACGACGAAUUCACCCACAGGGACGGCGUGUGGAAUCUUCAGCACGAGGGCAGCAAAGAGAGGACGGCCCAGUGCUUUUUGAGAGUCGACGACGAAUCUAUGAGUCGAUUCCACAACAGGGUCCGUCAGAUCUUGAUGGCUUCCGGAUCCACCACAUUCACGAAGAUCGUCAACAAAUGGAACACGGCCCUCAUCGGUCUGAUGACGUAUUUCCGGGAAGCGGUAGUAAACACCCAAGAACUCCUCGACCUCCUCGUCAAAUGCGAAAACAAAAUCCAAACGCGCAUAAAAAUCGGCCUGAACUCCAAAAUGCCUAGCCGAUUCCCUCCCGUCGUCUUCUACACGCCCAAAGAGCUGGGCGGCCUCGGCAUGCUCUCGAUGGGCCACGUCCUCAUUCCCCAAUCGGACCUGAGGUGGUCCAAGCAAACGGACGUGGGAAUCACCCAUUUCCGGUCCGGAAUCAGCCACGACGAGGACCAGCUCAUCCCGAAUUUGUACCGGUAUAUCCAGCCGUGGGAGUCGGAAUUUAUUGAUUCGCAGAGGGUGUGGGCGGAGUACGCCCUCAAGAGACAGGAGGCUAACGCCCAGAACAGGAGGUUGACGCUGGAGGACUUGGAGGAUUCUUGGGACAGGGGGAUUCCGAGGAUUAAUACGCUGUUCCAGAAGGACAGGCACACGCUGGCGUACGAUAAGGGGUGGAGGAUAAGGACGGAAUUCAAACAAUACCAGGUUUUAAAACAAAAUCCUUUCUGGUGGACUCAUCAGCGUCACGACGGGAAAUUGUGGAACUUAAAUAACUACAGAACAGAUAUGAUUCAAGCACUUGGUGGUGUGGAAGGAAUUCUAGAACACACUUUAUUCAAGGGAACGUAUUUCCCAACGUGGGAAGGUCUUUUCUGGGAAAAGGCAUCUGGAUUUGAAGAAUCUAUGAAAUAUAAAAAACUCACCAAUGCCCAACGGUCUGGUUUGAAUCAAAUUCCUAACAGGCGAUUUACAUUGUGGUGGUCGCCUACUAUUAACAGAGCAAACGUGUACGUCGGUUUUCAAGUGCAACUCGAUUUGACCGGUAUUUUCAUGCACGGCAAGAUCCCCACUCUGAAAAUUUCGUUGAUCCAGAUAUUCAGGGCUCACUUGUGGCAAAAAGUCCAUGAAUCUAUUGUUAUGGAUCUUUGUCAGGUGUUCGAUCAAGAGUUGGAUGCGUUGGAAAUUGAAACUGUCCAGAAAGAAACGAUCCACCCUAGGAAAUCAUAUAAGAUGAAUUCAUCUUGUGCAGAUAUAUUGCUGUUCUCGGCUUACAAAUGGAACGUUUCCAGACCGUCAUUGUUAGCUGAUACAAAAGAUACAAUGGAUAAUACGACCACCCAGAAAUAUUGGAUUGACGUUCAACUCAGAUGGGGAGAUUAUGAUUCUCAUGAUGUUGAAAGAUAUGCCAGGGCUAAGUUUUUGGAUUACACCACCGACAAUAUGUCGAUAUAUCCAUCGCCCACUGGAGUUUUGAUAGCCAUCGAUUUGGCUUAUAAUCUGCACAGUGCUUAUGGAAACUGGUUCCCUGGAUGCAAACCGCUGAUACAACAGGCGAUGGCGAAAAUAAUGAAGGCGAAUCCUGCGCUGUACGUGUUGCGCGAGCGCAUCCGCAAGGCCUUGCAGCUGUACUCCAGCGAACCCACAGAACCGUACCUGUCCAGCCAGAACUACGGCGAACUGUUCUCCAACCAGAUCAUCUGGUUCGUGGACGACACCAACGUGUACAGAGUGACCAUACACAAGACGUUCGAGGGGAAUUUGACGACGAAGCCCAUCAACGGGGCCAUUUUCAUUUUCAAUCCGAGGACAGGGCAGUUGUUCUUGAAGAUCAUCCAUACGUCCGUAUGGGCAGGGCAGAAACGUUUGGGACAGUUGGCGAAAUGGAAAACUGCUGAAGAAGUCGCAGCUCUGAUCCGUUCGUUGCCCGUUGAGGAGCAGCCCAAGCAAAUCAUCGUUACUAGGAAGGGCAUGCUGGAUCCUUUGGAAGUCCAUUUGCUCGACUUCCCGAACAUCGUGAUCAAGGGUUCGGAGUUGCAGCUUCCGUUCCAGGCCUGCCUGAAAAUCGAGAAGUUCGGCGAUUUGAUUCUGAAAGCCACCGAGCCCCAGAUGGUCCUGUUCAAUCUGUACGACGAUUGGUUGAAGACGAUAUCUUCAUACACGGCGUUCUCGAGAUUGAUUCUCAUUCUACGAGCUCUGCAUGUGAACACAGAAAGGACCAAGGUUAUAUUGAAACCUGAUAAGACUACCAUAACUGAACCUCAUCAUAUUUGGCCGACUUUGUCUGACGAUGAAUGGAUAAAGGUUGAAGUGCAACUCAAGGAUUUGAUUCUUGCUGAUUAUGGAAAGAAAAAUAACGUGAAUGUGGCAUCUCUCACCCAAUCUGAAAUCCGUGACAUAAUCCUCGGGAUGGAGAUCAGCGCCCCGUCUGCGCAAAGACAGCAAAUCGCCGAAAUCGAAAAGCAGACCAAAGAACAGUCCCAACUCACCGCCACGACAACAAGAACAGUGAACAAACAUGGCGACGAAAUCAUCACCAGCACGACCAGCAACUAUGAAACGCAGACUUUCAGUUCGAAGACGGAAUGGCGAGUCCGAGCUAUAUCCGCUACGAAUUUACAUUUGAGGACCAAUCACAUCUACGUUAGUUCCGAUGACAUCAAGGAGACUGGUUAUACUUACAUCUUACCGAAGAAUGUACUGAAGAAGUUCGUCACUAUAUCGGAUUUGAGAGCUCAGAUCAGCGCCUUCUUGUACGGCGUCAGCCCUCCGGACAACCCUCAAGUGAAAGAGCUCCGAUGCCUGGUGCUCGCCCCCCAAUGGGGCACGCAUCAAACAGUCCAUCUGCCCAACACGCCGCCUAGCCACCCCUUCCUCAAGGACAUGGAGCCCCUCGGCUGGAUCCACACGCAGCCCAACGAGCUGCCCCAACUGUCGCCGCAGGAUAUCGGCACCCACGCUAAACUGAUGGCCGACAAUCCGGCGUGGGACGGCGAGAAGACCGUCAUCAUCACGUGCUCGUUCACGCCGGGCUCGUGCAGCUUGACCGCCUACAAGCUGACCCCCUCGGGGUACGAGUGGGGCAGACAGAACACCGACAAGGGCAACAAUCCCAAGGGCUAUCUGCCCAGCCACUACGAGAAGGUGCAGAUGCUGUUGUCCGACAGGUUCCUCGGGUUCUUCAUGGUGCCCACGCAGGGCUCUUGGAAUUACAAUUUCAUGGGUGUACGACAUGACCCUUCCAUGAAAUACGAAUUGCAAUUGGCGAAUCCCAAGGAGUUCUAUCACGAGGUUCACAGACCAGCCCACUUCCUCAAUUUCUCUUCUUUGGAAGACGGCGACGGCGCUGGAGCAGAUAGAGAAGAUGCGUUCGCCUAA